CUGCCACUCGCGAUCACUUUCCUUGGACCCAUACUUCGACUACAAACAACUCACUGACGCGCGCAUAUAGCCACUGUCAGCAAUGGCGGGCGAUAGGGAGACACUGCUUUCGAUGGGCUUUGACCCUGCUCGGGUGGAUUGGGCACUGAGAGCCACCAACGGUCGCGGUCUGCAGCCAGCAAUGGACCACAUACUUGAACACGAGAACGAUCCUAUCCCAGAUCCCAGCGCGAGUGCGGCGCCCACGGCGGCGACGUCGGCUGGGACAGCGGGCACACCGAUGGACGUGGACGAAGAUGACGAAGACCUGGAGGCGCUGAAGGCUGCUUAUGGAAAGGCGAAGGUAGCGCCUGUGGCCGCGUCGGGGUCGGGGUCUGCGGAAGCUCUUGCUCCAGUGGAGGCUAAGAGUAUCAAAUGUAUACAAUGCGGGAAGAUGUUCAAGAAUGUCGAUCUUGCGAAUUACCAUGCUGAGAAGAGCGGACACGAUCAAUUUGAGGAGUCGACGGAAGAGAUCAGACCUUUGACGGAAGAAGAGAAGAAGCAGAAGCUGGAGGAGCUCCGCAAGAAGAUGGCGGAGAAGAGGGCACGGAAGGCUGCUGAAGACGCUAAGGCAGAGGCCGCCAAUAAUGCUAUCCGCAGGAAAGCUGGCAAGGACAUGGGCCAAAUAAAAGAAGACCUCGCAGCCAAGCAAGCAAUUAAGGAGGCAGAAGCGAAACGCAGAGAGAAAUUGGAAGAUGCCAAAGCUCGCGCCGCCAUCAAAGCCCAGAUUGAAGCGGACAAGCGAGAACGGGCAGCGAAAGCUGCAGCCGAGAAAGCUGCGAGGGAGGGUAAAGCUGUCCCACAAGCUGCGCCGGCGGCAGCUAGCAAACCCGCAGCUGCACCGGGGGAGAAGAAGGAAUAUAAGGAGGCAAGGCUGCAGAUCAGGCUGGCUAGCGGUGGGCAGCCAUAUACGACGACUUUGCCCAGUGAUGCUACGCUGAGAGAGGUGGCGGAGUAUUUGGCUGGGCAAACUCUGGCUGUGAACGCUGAUACGGUGACGUUCUCCUUGACGUUCCCUAGGAAACAAUUCUCUCAAGCAGACUUUUCGCGAACGUUGAAAGAUCUCGGGUUGACACCCUCGGCCGUUCUCAUAGCCUCCUAAGGCCUACGAGGGUGUUAAUGCAAAUCAGAGAAACUCUGUAUAACAAGAAGUCAUUGUUGUAUAUCAAUUAUCAAUGGUGUAUUUGGUAGAUGUUGACCAGUCCAAGGGGUUGAUGCUCAAUACCAUGAUGUGCCCAGAGCAUCUAAG